GAGAGGGAGCGAGAGAGGGAGAGCGAGAGGGAGAGAGAGCGAGAGAGAAGCCCAACGCUUCCUCUCGUACAGUCCUGAAGAAUGGCUGCAAUUCAUAAGUCGCAGACUGGAUCACUAGCUGGAUCCAGGAAGCUAUUCUUCACUUCCAUCUUCAAAUUCAGCUCUUGCGCCCUUCCCCAUCUGCACUCGGUGCUCAGGUACUCUUCCAUUUCUCUUCACGUCUUUUGGAUGACUCUCCUACCCAGGUGCUGUUCCACUCUGUGCACCAAGAAAAUGGACGAUGGCGAUGACGACGCCGACGAAAUUUGCCAGAAUCUGAAACCCAAAUCACCCACAAACACCAAAAUGGCUGGAACCAUGGCUCGCCUCAUCAACGGCACACCAUGGUCAGGCGACCUCGAGUCCUCUCUCUCCUCCCUCUCUCCCUCUCUCUCUAAAACCACCGUUCUCCAAACUCUCAAGCUCAUCAGAGCACCAAAUAAAGCCCUGAGCUUUUUCAAGUGGGUUCACCUUAAUGGGUUCACUCACAAUGACCAAUCUUACUUCAUCAUGUUAGAAAUUCUCGGCCGCAGCCGUAAUCUAAAUGCUGCCCGGAACCUCCUCUUCUCGAUUGAGAGGAGCUCCGGCGGCGCCGUUAAGCUUGAGGAUCGGUUCUUCAAUAUUUUGAUUAGGAGUUACGGCCGUGCCGGGCUGUUUCAAGAAUCAAUUAAGGUGUUUAUGGCAAUGAAGGAGAUUGGGGUGUCGCCAUCUGUUAUUACAUUUAACUGUCUUUUCUCUAUUUUGCUCAAACGGGGUCGGACCAAUAUGGCAAAGAAUGUGUAUGAUGAAAUGCUUAGGACGUAUGGGGUUACUCCGGAUACUUACACAUUUAAUAUAUUGAUAAGAGGGUUUUGUAUUAAUUCGAUGGUUGAUGAAGGAUUUCAUUUUUUUAAGGAAAUGUCACGAUAUAAAUGUGAGCCGGAUGUAGUUACCUAUAAUACGCUGAUAGAUGGUUUGUGUAGGGAUGGAAAGGUUAGAAUAGCACACAAUUUGUUGAAAGGUAUGUGCAAGAAAUGCUCAAAUGUAAGUCCUAAUGUUGUUUCCUAUACUACUUUGGUUAGAGGGUAUUGCAUGAAACAAGAUAUCGGUAAGGCUUUGAAUGUGUUUGAGGAGAUGGUUAGCAGAGGGCUGAAACCGAAUAGAAUUACUUACAACACUCUUCUUCAGGGCCUUUGUGAAGCACAGAAUCUUGAUAAGAUCAAAGAGAUUUUGGAGGGAACGAUGGGUGGUGGAGAAUUUGUUCCUGAUACGUGUACCUUCAACACACUAAUGAAUGCCCAUUGUAAUGUGGGGAAGUUGGAUGAGGCAUUGAAGAUGUUUGAAAAGAUGUUGGACUUGCACAUUCAACCUGAUUCGGCUACAUACAGUGUUUUGAUUCGGAAUUUGUGCCAAAGGGGGGAUUUUGAGAGAGCAGAGGAGUUGUUUGAUGAGCUUUCGAAGAAGCAGAUCCUACUAUCUGACAUUGGGUGUAAACCUCUUGUCGCAGCAUACAACCCAAUAUUUGAGUAUCUGUGUAGAAAUGGGAAGACCAAGAAGGCAGAGACAGUGUUCAGGCAGCUAAUGAAAAGAGGGACCCAGGAUCCUCCAUCUUACAAAACCUUGAUAAUGGGACACUGCAGGGAAGGUACAUUUGAAGCUGGGUAUGAACUCUUGGUCUUAAUGUUAAGAAGAGACUUUUUGCCUGAUGUUGAGAUCUAUGAAUCUCUGAUUGUGGGCCUCUUGCAAAUGAAUGAACCUUUGCUUGCCUAUGGUACUCUAGAGAAGAUGCUGAAGAGCUCUCAUCUCCCCAAAACAUCUAUAUUCCAUUUUAUACUCGCUGAGCUUUUAAAGAAGGGCUGUGCCCGUGAAUCAUCCAGCUUUGUAAAGUUAAUGAUAGAGAGAAAAAUCAGGCAAAACAUCAAUCUUUCAACAGAUACUGUAGUGCUACUCUUUAAGAGUGGUCAAUGGGAUAAGGCAUAUCAGACUGUUGGGUUGCUUUAUGAUAAUGGUUAUUCAGUUAAAAUGGAAGAAUUGAUUGCAUUUCUUUGUCAGCAUGAAAAGUGGUUACAAUCACGUGAGAUGUUGCUCUUUAGUUUGGAGAAGCAUCAAAGUGUUGAUAUUGUUAAGUGCAACACUGUUAUACAUGGCCUCUGUAAAAUCCAUAAACUAUCAGAAGCAUUCAGUCUGUACUAUGAAUUGGUGGAGAAGGGAAUCAACCAACAGUUGGGUUGCCAGGAAGAGUUGAGAACUAUGCUAGAGUCACAGGGGAGGUUGAAAGAAGCUGAAUUUAUAGCUAUAAGGACUCUAAAAUGGUAACGAUGAGACAAUCUGGUUCAAAAUUCUGCUGUGGAAUGUCAAAUCUUUGUAACUUGUGUUAUUUCGAGACAUUCCAUACAUGUGUCUCUUUAAACAGGGCUUAUUGCUAUUGAUUCGAUGAUCCCUACCGGAUGUGGUCAGCGAGAAUUAAUUAUUGGGGAUAGACACACUGGUAAAACUCCUGAGAAGCUUGGUUCUUGUGAAAACAUGCAGAAUCCGGUUAUUCAUUGAUUUGAUGCAUACAAUGGAGUUUCUCUGUUUAUCUGGAUAAAAAUUUUCCUCCUAGAAAUCCUUGGGGCACAUCAAACUUGUUAUUUAAUAGUCUGGCUCUGAAGUGGGGAUGGCAUCUGACACAAGAUUAUCUGAAAUUUCAGAGAUGCAGCACAUCAAUGUAAAUAGGAAAAUUACUUAGCAUCAAAAUCAGCAGUCCCUCCUGUGGUUUUGUUGCAGCAUACUUUGGUAACGUUGCCAGCCUGGCAGGCAUUAGAAUCUUGAGCCAUGUGAGAGUAGUUGAAAAGCUGGUCUUGGCAAUGUUUUAGCCAUUGAUAAUCUGCUCUUGGACUAAAACCCCAUGAGAUUUGGCUCUCUUUGUGGUGGCCCAAACUUGUGCUGCAGUUGGGUUUGUGGAGAGAGAUGUGGGCUUUGAGACGUGGUCAAUCAAGUGCAGAUGGGGAAAAAGCUGUCUAUAGUCCCUAUCAACAUGUUUUGGAUCUCAUGGAGGGUGAGACUUGGAAGAGACUCUGAAGAAAUAGAUUUGCAUAAAUGUUCAUCAGAAUGAGUUUGUGUGGAUGGCAUAUUUGAUGCCUAGCACACCCUAUUUGAGUUCAUAUAUUCCAGGUUAUAAUGGAGGGAGCAGCUUGACAAGAUGCUAGAGUGCUUAGAUGUGGAAUUUUCUGCCUUAUUAUCAAUGUCGACUUGGAGGAUCUGGCAGAAUAGUAAUGAAUUCUCUUCAAAGGGAAAGGAGAGAACCAGUCGAGAUGAGAAGUGGGGCAGGGACCCUCGGCACUGAAUUUUCGGGAAGCAAAUGACAAGCAGAAAAACAAGGUCCAUGUCAAGGCACAAAGAAGUCAAUAUUAGACUGUGCUAUCAAGCAGUUCAGAUUAUCAUUCGGUAACUAAUGCACAUGGAGAGGGGAUUGCAGCUUUGUCAAAGCAUCUUGAUGCGGGUGAGGGAGCUAACCACACUAGAAGUAGUAGGGCUGAAGAGGGAUUUCAUUUUUGUGGCUCAACUCUCCGAAAACUGCCCUGGAGGCCCAAAUUACAGUUGAAGAAGACAUGUUGGCCCUUGAACUCUAUGUUGAAUAAAUAAAGGACAUUGACAGGAGGUGGGAGAUGCUACAUUGAGUUGUGCAGAGCCCAGAGUUACUCUUUAUCUGUAAAAUGAAAAACAAAUUGUGUGAUUGUUUUUAUUAAAGUUGUGCCUUAGUUAUCUCCUUGCCUUCAUGUGGCUGCAUUGCGAAAAAUGUUAUAGACUAGAGAAGCUGUGGAAGAAGACAUGUUGGCCCUUGAACUCUAUGUAGAAUAAAUAAAGGACAUUAACAGGAGGUGGGAGAUGCUACCUUGAGUUGUGCAGAGCCCAGAAUUACUCUUUAUAUUUAAAAUGAAAAACAAAUU